CCACAACCAGCCAACAACUCAGGUCCAAACAGGCAUUUACAACCAGAUACCAUUGGAGAACCACCAUGGAUGUUUUCCCGUUUUCGAGUGAAUGGUUGCAAGAAUGAGCCAGCGCUGAAAGACCUGACAGGUGUGCCUUGUGUUGUCAUGCGCGCACGUCCCCUCCCCCCUGAACAACAAACACAGCACGUGGACAACCGACGAGUCUGCAGUGGGAAAGCGAAGUCCCAGAAGACCAAAAGACCUCCUAACGCCUUUCAUUUUUAUGCACGAGAGCACCGGAGGACCGUGGAGAGGGAGUUCAACACCACCAACGGUGCCUUCAUCAACAAGGUGCUGGGACAGAGAUGGCGUGCUUUGCCCUCAUUGGAGCAGUUCCCAUUUUAUCGAAUGUCUCGUGCUGAAGAACCCGCUGAGACGAAUCUGCACCGUGUCAGACAUGCUGAGAUGAAGGUGAACGCCCUGGCUUCCACUCAACGUGAAGCCGCCCGUCCACAAAGAUGACCCUCUGAGAUGCC